AGAGUUGCAGAAUUAAAAGGCACAAAGCAGACAGCAACUGGUUCAGCUGCUAGCACAUCAUCUCAUCCUGUCAAGAGAAAAACUGUUGACACAGAAAAUACAGAGUUAAAGAGAGUAAAAGGUACAGACGAAAAGCCACAUACGUCUUCAUCUGGGCUACCAGCUGAUUUUUUUGAUGAAACAAAGCAAGAUAGUGCAAACGAACAGCUUUCAAAGGGUUCAGGUCCCAGUUUAUUGUCAGGAAAUUACGGUGGUGAUGAUGAUGAUGAUGAAGAGGAGGAACAAGAUCAAUCAAAGAAAUCCUGUGUUAUGCAUAAAACUGAAAUUCCACCUCCAACUCAAGAAGUAAUAGCUAAUUCUCUGCCUGCAGACUUCUUUGACAGCCAAACUACAGCUGCUCCUAUAGUUUCCCAUUCAGGAUCCAUACAGAAAGCAGAGAUACAAGAGAAGAUAGUGGAAAGGAAAGAAAACACUGCUGAAGCUUUGCCAGAAGGUUUCUUUGAUGAUCCUGAAGUGGAUGCAAAAGUGCGAAAAGUUGAUGCUCCAAAAGAUCAGAUGGACAAAGAAUGGGAUGAAUUUCAAAAGGCAAUGCGACAGGUCAACACAAUUUCAGAAGCAAUAGUGGCAGAAGAGGAUGAAGAGGGACGACUAGAUCGUCAGAUUGGAGAAAUUGACGAGCAGAUUGAAUGUUAUCGCCGUGUUGAGCUUUUGCGUAACCGCCAGGACCUGAUGAAGGAGAAGUUAAAGGAAGCCAUGAGAUUAAGAGCAACUCAAGAGAAAGAGGAUGAGGCUAUUGGUAGUGAAGAUGAAGAAGAAUUGCAGGAUUUGCUGUCUCAAGACUGGCGAGUGAAAGGGGCUUUGUUGUAGCAUUUCUGCAACAUGGUUGAUACUCUCUUUAUCUGUGAUGUUACUUCCAUUGUUAGAAGUGAGACGCUUUCAUUAAAUAUUUAUUUAAAGAGGAUCAUGAGGUAAAAGCCAAGUGUAUUAAAUAUUCUUUGUAGAUCUACAACGGUGUAUUACUUGCUGUAAAAACUGUAUAUUGCAAAUGUUUUACAAUAUUGAAUGUACCUUUCCUACUAAAAUUACUGAUUUCCUAC